AUGGCUGAAAAUAGUUUAUCAUCAUACACUGGGAGGACUAGCUUGGCAGAGUCAUCCAUGUUUGAUUCUAAAGGUACUGAAACUUCCAAGGAAAACUUAUUUAUUGGAUCUGCUUCAUACGUUGAAGGAUCAGAUGAAAUUAAAGUACACUUUGUAAAGAUGGAAUCAAUGGAAGAAUUUGAAGGCUUGGAUUCUCCGGAAUUUGAAAAUGUAUUCAUAGUCAUGGACUUCCAGGAUUCUGUCUUUAAUGACUUAUACAAGGCUGAUUGUAGAAUUAUUGGACCACCAGUUGUAUUACACUGUUCACAAAAAAGAGAGCCUUUGCCAUUUUCAUGUCGCCCAUUGUAUUGUACAAGUAUGAUGAAUCUAGUACUGUGCUUUACUGGAUUCCGAAAGAAAGAAGAACUAGUCAGAUUGGUGACAUUGGUCCAUCACAUGGGCGGAGUAAUUCGAAAAGACUUCAAUUCAAAAGUUACACAUUUGGUGGCAAAUUGUACACAAGGAGAAAAAUUUAGGGUUGCUGUGAGCCUAGGUACUCCAAUUAUGAAGCCAGAAUGGAUUUAUAAAGCUUGGGAAAGGCGGAAUGAACAGGAUUUCUGUGCAGCAGUUGAUGACUUUAGAAAUGAAUUUAAAGUUCCUCCAUUUCAAGAUUGUGUUUUAAGUUUCCUGGGAUUUUCAGAUGAAGAGAAAACCAAUAUGGAAGAAAUGACUAAAAUGCAAGGAGGUAACUAUUUAUCAGUUGGAGAUGAAAGAUGCACUCACCUUAUAGUUGAAGAGAAUAUAGUAAAAGAACUUCCAUUUGAACCUUUGAAGAAACUUUAUGUUGUCAAGCAAGAGUGGUUCUGGGGAAGCAUUCAAAUGGAUGCCCGAGCUGGAGAAACUAUGUAUUUAUAUGAAAAGGCUAAUACUCCUGAGCUCAAGAAAUCAGUGUCACUGCUUUCUCUAAAUACCCCAAACAGCACUCGCAAAAGACGUCGUUUAAAAGAGACACUUGCUCAGCUUUCAAGAGAGACAGACAUGUCACCUUUUCCUCCCCGUAAGCGCCCAUCAGCUGAACAUUCCCUUUCUAUAGGGUCACUCCUAGAUAUCUCCAACACACCAGAGUCUAGCAUUAACUAUGGAGAAACACCAAAGUCUUGUACCAAGUCUUCUAAAAAUUCCACUCCAGUUCCUUCAAAGCAGUCAGCCAGGUGGCAAGUUGCAAAAGAGCUCUAUCAGACUGAAAGUAAUUAUGUAAAUAUACUGGCAACAAUUAUUCAGUUAUUUCAGGUACCAUUGGAAGAGGAAGGACAACGUGGUGGGCCUAUUCUUGCACCAGAAGAGAUUAAGACUAUUUUUGGGAGCAUCCCAGAUAUCUUUGAUGUACAUACUAAGAUAAAGGAUGACCUUGAAGACCUUAUGGUUAAUUGGGAUGAGAGCAAAAGCAUUGGUGACAUUUUUCUUAAAUAUGUAAAUUGCCAUAAUGCUUUUGCCUUGCUUGUGAGGCCACCAACAGAACAGGCAAACGUGCUGCUCAGUUUUCAGAUGACAUCGGAUGAACUUCCAAAAGAAAACUGGCUAAAGAUGCUGUGUCGACACAUAGCCAACACUAUUUGUAAAGCUGAUGCUAAAGAUAUGGACAGUACAUUGAGUAGAGCAUCUAGAGCAAUAAAAAAAACUUCAAAAAAGGUUACAAGAGCAUUCUCUUUCUCCAAAACCCCAAAAAGAGCUCUACGAAGGGCUCUUAUGACAUCUCAUAGCUCAAUGGAGGGAAGAAGCCCUUCCAGCAAUGAUAAACAUGUAAUGAGUCGUCUGUCUAGCACAUCAUCAUUAGCAGUAAGUGAUUUUGAUUUAAUGGGCUAA